UAUUUAUUUGAAAUAUUUCAACAAAUUUUACAACAUAUUUUCUUACCAAAAAUGCCUCUUUAUUUAGAUGUUUGAUAAUCGAAGUUGAAUGUAGAUUCUACGCACGCGCACAAAUAUAUACAUAUAUUACAUAAUAAAUGACUCACAUGACAUAUCUAUCUGCGAGUAUAUAAAUGACGAACUCAUGGCAUUAGCAGUUGUCCGUUGUACUCUGAUACGUAAAGUCCUUCGCAUCGUUGAGACUUUAAUAAUAUAUGUGCAUAAAUAUUCCAAUAACAGUUCAUGUAAUGAUCGCGCAUUAUUAUUUUCGCAAUUUAAAUUCCAUCGUGUGAAUAAAAAUCAGCAUGGUAUAUAUAAUCGUGUUGUCAGUGAUCGUGGGUGCUUUAGGCAUAUAUUAUUAUCUCUUUAAAGAUUUGAACUUUUUCAAAAAUCAUGAAAUACCACAUAAGACACCUCUCCCGUUACUGGGAAAUAUGGGAUCGACUUUUUUCCGUCGCCAAUCGACAGCUGAAUUCGUUAAAUCGUUAUACGACUUAUCUCCUGAUGCCAAGUAUGUCGGCAUGUAUGAAUUUACCAGGCCACCAAUAGUAAUCCGCGAUCCCGAGCUUAUUAAAUCCAUCACAUUGAAACAUUUCGACAUGUUUAUGGAUCGUCGCGCCUUUCUCGACGAAAUACAAGAUCCACUUCUUAGCAAGAAUAUCACCGCUCUUCGUGGAGAAAGAUGGCGCGAAGUAAGAGCUAUAUUGAGCCCGGCUUUCACGUCCAGUAAAAUGAAAAAUAUGUUCAAGUUGAUGUCAAAUUGCGCUAUCGAUUUUGCCAAUUAUUUGAUGCAAUUACCAACGGAGAAGAAGACAAUGGAAAUGAAAGAAGUAUUUACGAGGUACACGAAUGACGUAAUAGCUUCUUGUGCUUUUGGCGUCAGUGUUGAUUCCAUGAGAAACCCGAAGAACGAAUUCUAUGUGUAUGGCAAAGAAGCGACCGUUUUAGAUACUGUCGUCUUACUGAAAUUUUUCAUAUUUAUACAGUUGCCUUGGCUGGCACGAUUAAUAAGACUGAAAUUUGUUCGUGAUGAAAUAGCGAAUUUUUUCCGAGAUCUCGUAAAAGUCACAAUAAAAACUAGAGAUGAGAAUGGUAUCGUUCGACCAGACAUGUUACAGCUGAUGAUGGAGAAGCGAGAUAAAGAUGAUAAAAUAGAACUGACUAUCGACGAUAUAGUUGCCCAGGUGUUUAUUUUCUUUUUUGGCGGUUUCGACAGCAGUUCUUCAUUAAUGUGUUUCGCCGCUCAUGAAAUCGCGAUAAAUCAGGACGUACAAGACAGACUUCACAAUGAGAUCGAUGAAGUUUUAGAAAAAACAAAUGGACAAGGAUCAUACGAAGCAAUUAAUAGCAUGGAAUACUUAGACGCUGUGAUUAACGAGACCCUCAGAAUGUAUCCGAUUGGUGCGAUGUUAGAUAGAUUAUGCUUGAAAGAUUUCGAGUUACCGCCAACAUUACCUGGAGUAAAACCCUUUACUGUAAAAAAAGGACACGGCAUAUGGAUACCGGUUUAUGGACUUCAUCACGAUCCUCAAUACUUUAAAGAGCCAGGAAGAUUCGAUCCUGAACGUUUCCUUGGUGAUCGGAAAAAAGAGAGUCUCAAUUGCGGAGCCUAUCUUCCCUUUGGUCUAGGUCCUAGAAUGUGUAUAGGAAGCAGAUUCGCAUUGCUAGAAACAAAGGUUCUGCUCUUUCAUCUACUGGCACGUUGUGAUCUCGAACCUUGCGAGAAGACAUCAAUACCGUUCAAAUUUUCUAAAAACAUCUUUAAUUUGAUGCCCGAAGGAGGUUUCUGGCUGAAUGUAUCUCCAAGAAAAUAUUCACAUCAUAUUAUUGCAGUUAAUGUUUCGAAUGACAAAAGCAAAUGUUGUAAGCAAAUUUUAUUAAUUUAAUAGAAUCAUCGAAAUCUAUAUUUAGAAA